GCUCUGUCUGUCAAAUAAAAUUUUGUCAACAAAAAUGUGUUAAAAUUUUAUUUUAAAAUGGAUAAAAACUAUGUUAAAUCUAGUAUAGAAGGAUUAAAAUCACCUUCUUCAAGUCGAGUGCAAGAAAGUUUAUUGAAAAUUAGGAGCAAAAUCACCAUAAAUGACAAUGGCAUUAAACUAUUUCGCGAAUGUGGAGGCUUGGAUUAUUUACUACCACAUUUACGUAAACCAAAUGAACGAAUUCUCGAUAUUACUCUAAGUAUUCUUGGGAAUUGUUGCUUAGAAGAAGAGAGUAGUUUAUUGGUAGGCAAACUAAAUAGUUAUGGGCCACUAGUAGCCAUUCUUAAAACGGUAUGUCGUGACAGUAUAGUUGGGAGAGCCUGUCGACUUAUUGGCAACCUGGCACAAAAAAACAUCAAUGCUGAAGCUUUGCAUAACCAUGGAGCAGUCACAGCCCUGGUUACCCUUAUUGAAAAUAGAGAUAAAAAUACUUCCUAUCCUACUUUGACUAUGAGUGUAAGGGCUAUAAGGCAAUUAUGGAUGGUAAUAGACAAAAGAGAGGAGAUGUUAAGUUUGAAUGCAGUCAGAUGUAUCACCAUACUGUUGACAACUGAGUGUGAGUCUGCUGGGAUAAUAAAGACAGCUGCUGCAACCAAAGCAAGUGAUGGCCUAAGGAAGAGCCAAGAAGAGCUUAUUACUGGUAUACUGAAAUGUUUAGGCUACUUCACAACACAUGCUACAGCAUCUUGUGCUGAACAGCUUCAAGGUGAUGGUAGAGGAUAUCAAUGUCUUGUAGCACUUACCAAAACUUAUGAAUCUCUGUCACUUAAAUGCCUCAUGAAUUUGUGUUACUUAUCUCCAUGUCGGCCCCUGCUUGGCAUUGCCGGCCUGGUUGAGUGUCUUGUGGGGAUUUUGCAGAAGACUUCAGAGGUGCUGUGGUGGCCAGAGGGUGCGGCGCGUGCUUUAGCCCAGCUGAGCGGCGAAUCAGUAAACAGGUCUCGCCUGCGGCAUUGUGGAGGCCUACCUCUGCUGGUGGCCGCCGCCAAGGUCAGCCCGCACGCCAUGCACGCGCUGCUGCAGUAUGUUUUUGAUGACACUUCCUUCCAAAUCCUUGUUAAUGAAGGUCUUAUAAGUCUGCUGACAGAGGAACUAACCAAAUAUCUCACCACAAUGGAAUUUGAACACAAUAACUUGGAAAAUGCGGAUGUGUUAAGUGAGACUUCAGAUUUGAAUAAAGUAAAUGAGAGUGUUAAGACUAUAAAAGUUGACACAUCACCACAAACAGAAAGUCUUGUUGAGAAUAAAUGCAGUCUCUUUACGAGACGUAGGAGCCAGCCAUCUUCUAAGAACGAGGAUGAGUUAAAAGUUGUUAUAGAGAGAGAUAACAUGAUCGUUGGGUUUGUCGAUGCAGUGGACAGUGACGCAACAGAUGACAGUCAGAGCGAUGACGACAAUCCGCCACCACGACGGAACAAGUGCCUCAAAAGAGCAAGAUCUAGAAGCCCGAAAAUGUUUAAAAAGAAAUCGCAGCUAAUCAAAAUGGCUAGCAAGGACUGGUCGGCUGGUGUUUACUGGGAACCUAAAAGUCCAGAAUGGCAUGUUCCCUCGCAGAUGUAUCGGCCGCCUGCCAUGAGUCCAGAUAGAUCCGAACAGGGGCCUUUAUCUCCAUAUUCCGAAGGCAACCAAUCUGGCUUCAGCCCUGAAUACAGAGGAUUCUCAAGCAACAAGCGCGCUCGAUGGGAUUGGAGUCCUGAAUCGGGCGUUAGUACUGGCGAAUGUAGUUCCGCUUCUCCAUAUUGGACGGAGUAUCAAUGGAGUCCUAGUAGUUCUGGACCUACGUCACCGUUUAGCGGUAAUGAAGAGAGCUCAGACUCAGAGGUAUCAGGUCGUUACUCGCCGGUGUGCAGCGAGGUGGAGGGCGAACCCGAGGACACGGAGAUGAGCGCCGACCGCGCUGUAGCGGAGCUGGACGCGGCCCAGGUGGCGCACGACCUUGAUGAGCUCAUCAUGGAUGAUGACGACAGCCUUGAGGAAGUACCUUUAGAAGAUGAUACAAUUAAAAUUGACACGAAUACAAAAUCGUCUCGUAUAGCAUGCGUGCUUGUGUUACUAUUCAGAGUAUCUCACGGAGCCUGUAGUUCCUACGGGUCUAUUCGCGAAGAGCCGGUCCCUAACCACACGCUAGAGUUACUCACAGGAAAAGAAUGUCUGAACGCGCUGCUAGACUAUGUAGAACGGUGUAAGCGGCCGCUUGGCAGGGCAGCACGUAUACUGGCUAGAGUGCUUAGCAAUGCUCUCUGCCUGAUGAGUAUUCUGAAACACAGACUUGCAUUACGUCUACACAAUAUGUCAGUCAGUUCUAAACAUCCGCCAACAAAAUGUCAGCAAUGUAAACAAAUUGUAAGACUAAGCGCAAAACUACUAUCACAGUUGACUAUACUAGCAGAGUCGAGUUACGGCAUCGGGGAAAUUAGCUACCAACUGUUAAAGGGCAGCCAUUGUAUGAAACAAACCCUUUCACUGACACUACCAUAUAUUGUCAGGACAGAAAAGCCCCUGAAGAAAUAUUUCAUCGACUGCAGCGCGUUGAAUUUCCUGUUCACGAUCAUCGCGGAGUCCAAGGAAGAUAUACAGGAAUGCGUCACCGCCCUCGUCAAGCUGGCCACCAACCUCCACAUCAAGGACCCCAAAAUGUUAGAAAACAGGUUCAAAGACAAAAUAUGCGUCAGUUACGACCCUAUAUUAGACAACCUCUCGGUCGAUGACGUAGUCACUUUUGAACUAGAUGAUCAAUCAACAGUGCAAGCAAACAAAGUUUUCUUAUGCCAGAACUCUGAAGUGUUCAGCGCUAUGCUUAUGGGACGCUUCAAAGAAUCUGUUGAGAAACGCGUCAGAUUAAAAAAUGUAUCAAAGUCUGCUCUAGAAUAUCUUUUAACACUUCUACAUUGUGGGUUAAAUAAUCCCAAAUGUGAAGUACAGAUAUUCCCAAUAGCUGAUAAGUUGGAAACGAAUUUAGAAGUGUUAUUGCUAUCUGAUAGGUUUUUAUUUGAAAAAUUAAAGGAGUUACUCAGCAGUGCUAUUCUCCAAUUUCUACUAACACCAGAGACAGCUGAUAAGAUCUACGUAUGGUCGCUAAGCGAAGGUAUGGGGUUCCUCUGUGUAGAGUCUGUUGCAUAUUUGCUAACUGGAAAGAUGAGGGAGUCGGAUCGAACGAAGUCGUUUCAAACAAUACUCAGCUUAAAAUACAAGGACCAAUGGCUUGACGAUAUUAAAUCCAUGAUUUUGAGACAAUUAGUGAAGUAGACGUUAGGAGCGUUGAAGAUAAUAGGCGCUAGCAAAUACUUCAGUGAUUUUUUUUGCAUCUACACGUGAACACAUGCGAUCGUAAUAAAUCAUUUGGAUAAUGAUUUGACGACAGCAUUCGAAUGAAACAUUAACUAUAUAUAAUUGUUAUAUGUAGCAACAAAUAAUAGACAAAUAUUUUAUAUGUUAUCUUAUCACUUUACCAGUUUUUACUUUUUGCGUAAGAAUGCAUUUAUGUUAGAUUAACAAUAAACUUUAUCGUUAUAAUAAUAAGUAUUUUUACACUGCCAUUUAAUCGUACGUAAUUCCGUGCCUUCUAUUACAUAUAACAUUCCUGUUAUUGUUAAUCUUCACAUGUUGCUUUAAUGGUUAUAUAAUAAAGUAAUUGGGAUGGUAAUUUGGCGUGGAAUAAAACAAUACAUCACACUUUAAAAUGUAUAUAAUAUAAUGUAUUUGUAAUUUAUUGCAAUAUAAAAUUAAUAUAA